AUGAGAUUAGGCCUAAUUAGAAUCUGCCGCCAGCUGAGGCAGGUUGAGAACUUUCACGGCGAAAGCUUAAAUUAUCUAGAAUAUCUUUACUACGUUUAUCGCACCAACCCCGAACACUUACAGCCAUCAUGGCAAAACUAUUUCUCUCUCCUAGAACAAGGCAAAACCUACACACUUCCACAAAUAGAUAGAAAACUCGGACAUAAAUAUAAUGGAUUCGCCGGACCUUUGGCUGGUAAUCAGACCACAAGUCAGGCCACUGAACUCUUAGCAAAAGUUUCAAACGGAGUGGUUGGACUUGAGGUUUUGAAGUUAAAUGAGUUGGCGAGCGCCUACAGGACGUUUGGGCACUUGGUUUCAAAUUUAGACCCUUUAAAACUCCCAAAAGAAGUUCCUUUCUUCAGAAAUAUAGACGGAAUUUACGAUAAGCUUAACGUUAAUAAAUACUUUAACAAGGAUGACUUGGCUAAGAAGAUUCCAAAUCUGGGAAUCGGAGGUGUUUUCAACAUGACUGGAACAGUGGAGGAGUUGGCAGAGAAGCUUAAGGAGCGUUACUGUGGUAACAUCUCCUUCGAGUUCGGGCAUAUCGCCAACUCCGAAGAAGUCGCCUUCCUAAUCAAUGAGAUUGAAAGCGACGAGUUCCUAAAAUUCAACAAAAACGACCACCUGAAGUGUUUUAAGUCAAUUUGUAAGGCAGUCAAAUUUGAGCAGUUUUGCGCCAAGACUUUCCCUACACUUAAGAGAUUCGGCAUGGAUGGAAUUGAGUCUAUCUUGUUACUUCUGGAGUCAAUUGAGGAAAACGGAAGAAAUUUCGGAAUUAACUCAAUAAUGAUGACAAUGUCGCACCGUGGAAGAUUGAACGUUUUGUGUAACUUUUUAAACAAACCACUCCAGGAAUCAUUCGCGGAGUUUCGCGGUGCGAACUGGUUUAUAAAUAGUCAUUUCAGAAGUGGAGAUGUAAAAUAUCAUAACGGGUACAGAACAACUAAGAAUGGAGUGGAAAUACAAAUGAUCUCAAAUUCAAGUCACUUGCAGUUUUCACACCCAGUACUUACUGGACUGGUGAAGGCUAAGCAGUACUAUGAGAAUGACACUAAUCAGAGCAAGAUCUUGCCAAUAGCAAUACACGGAAAUUCAGCAAUUUCAGGACAAGGAAUGCCCUACGAAGUUGUCCAAAUGGCAAAAAUUGACGGUUUUGGAAUUGGAGGAACAAUUAACAUCAUUGUCAAUAACCAAAUUGGAUUCACAGCAAACCAACUUGAAGCUUCAACAUCAAGAUAUCCCUCAGACGUGGGAAAGGUAAUUGAUGCCCCUAUAAUACAUGUGAAUGCAUACUCAAUUGAAAGCGUGAUGUUUGCUGGGAAGUUGGCCACAAAGUACCGUUACAAGUUUAAGAAUGACGUGUUUAUUAACUUGGUUGGGUUCAGAAGAUUUGGACAUAAUGAACUGGACAUGCCCAAGUUCACAAACGCAGAAAUGUACGCAAAGGUGGAUGAAACGCCUAAUUUGAUGGUUUACUAUAAAAAAUACCUGGAAGAUCAUGGUUUUGACAAGGGAGAACUGGAUGAAAUUGAAAACAGCACAGGCUCAGACUUUCUAAACUCUUUAAACCUCUCGAAGGAGAUUUCAAGAACUAAUGUACCCAUCCAGAACCAAAACUGGUUACCAAUUGCGGACAGUUUCUCAGGCCUGAUUAAUACAUACUUAAGAAAGAAUAAAAGCGUUGUUGAGUUGUUGGAUAAAACAAUUGAUACUGACAUGAAAUUGAGUGAUAAAUUGGAUCCACCAGUGGAAACUGGACUGGAUAAGAAUUUACUUUUAGAAUUGGGCACCAAGUGUGUUACAGUACCAUCUGACAUUAAGAUGCACAACUCAGUAAAGAAGAUUUUUGAUGCCAGGCUUCAAUGUUUAUCUACUGGCUCAAACUUUGACACGGCAAUGAGUGAGAUUUUGGCAUUUUCGUCACUUGCAAAUGAAGGAUUUCACGUAAGAUUGUCAGGCCAGGAAUCGAAAAGAGGAACAUUUUCCCAUAGACACUCUCAUGUCCAGUGUCAAACCACUUUUAAAUACCAUAACAUUUUCAAAGGGUUUGAUGUGAGUAUUUACAACUCGUACUUGAGUGAGCUUGCAGCUCUGGGCUUUGAAUACGGAUACAGUUUAUACUCACCAAAAACUUUAAAUAUUUGGGAGGCACAGUUUGGAGAUUUCAUGAACGGUGCUCAGGUUAUCAUAGACGCAUUUGUAACCUCCGCGGAAACUAAGUGGAACUACUUCUCAGGCUUGGUACUGUUCCUACCUCACGGAUAUGACGGACAAGGACCUGAUCACUCCUCAUCAAGAAUUGAGAGAUUCUUGCAGUUGAGUAAUGAUAACGAGGAUUUGGUGGAUAAUUUAAAGUACGGAGACGACUAUGCGAAGUUGGUGAACAUCUCGGUGGUUAAUUGCAGUGUCGCAAGUAACUUCUUCCACGUUUUGAGAAGACAAAUGCAUAGAAGUUACAGAAAGCCGAUGAUUUGCAUAACCGGAAAGAAAUUGCUAAAGUUAAGGUCAUCGUUUAGUACAAUUGAUGAAUACUUGACGGGAACGAGAUUUAGAAGAUAUAUCCCAGAUAACCUGUUCACAACAGGUAAGCAAGAUUUAAGUAAGGAAGAAAAGCCCAGGAACCCAGAUUCAGUGAAGAGAAUGAUAAUGUGUUCAGGACAGAUAUACUAUGAUUUACUGGAGUACAGAGACUCCAAUGAGGAGUGGAAGAAUAUUCCAGUAGCGAGAAUAGAGGAGAUAACACCGUUUCCAGCACAGAAUAUACUGGAUGACUUGAAGAAGUUUAAGAAUUUAGAAACACUCGUGUGGUGCCAGGAGGAACAUGAAAAUAGCGGCUGUUUCUACUUUUUAAGAGAAAGGUUAAACAAUGUACUGAAAAUAUUGAAAAAUGAAGGCCAUUGUCCUAAGGUUAAUACUGCAGUAAAGUACUCUGGAAGGUAUCCCUGCGCAACAACAGCAGUUGGAGACCCAAAGAUGCACGAACACGAGAUUGUACUGGUUAAACAGUCAUUUACAGUGUAAAUUUUUAACAAAUUUUGAUUUAAGCUAUUAAAUUUAUGACUCCUACCAAGUUUUCCCAUGUUCUACAGCGUUCAAUGCUAGGUUUAAGGUUUAUUCACUGGUGAUUUUGGUUUUAAUCAUUAAUUUGAUUCAUGUAUUUA